AUGAGAGCCAGUGGCCUACAGGAAGCUGGCAGCGGCAUGGCCAGAUAUGAAAUUCAUGGAGGGCAGCAGUCCAACAAAAUGAGCAGCAGCACAGGAAGUGACCUACAGACUUCCAAGCAGCAGUGGUCAGCCACAAGGACUUGGAGGUCCUCCAACGAGUAUGUGGUGGAGUUUCGAAGACGAAAAAUGUCAUGAAAAGGAAUUAGGCACCCUCAUAAACCUAAAGGGCUCAUGUACAGUCAGCUGAUUUACAAUUCCGUCACUCACUUUUGAUGGAAAGACAGGUCAUCCUGAAAUGUGAAAGAACCAAAGACCCACCAGGACAAAGAGCACUGCUGGAAACGUAACCAGCACUUGAACAACCCGAUGCCCGGAGCACUGAAGGCGAGUAAGAACCGAUACCACAAACUGUCUGUGUUCGGCAGCUGGGGGAGCCUGCACAGCCCGCUGUGGGACGUGAACCACCGCCUGCUCGUACAGCUAAUCCGACCGGCCGGCCCGGGAGAACUGGGUGAGCCUGGGGCCCUGACCAGGCCUGGCCCCGCCAGCUUACCAGGGAGCAGGGAGCCUCCUGCCAGCAGCUCUUCCUCCAGCUCCCGGAACCAUUUUUGCCGCCAAUGCCCUUCCUCCUCCACCUCUCCUGCCCGCAUUACCCCAGGCCCUUCUGCCUCAGCUAAUGCCUCUGCAACCAGUCGGAGACCCACACCCAGUUCAGGUCAUGAAAUCAGCACAGCGACAAACCGAACCCAGCCCAUUCACCUCCAGAACAUUCUAGCCACUAUGAAUGUGCCGGCUGGGACAGUAGAAAGACGGCCAGCAAUCCACCUGGCUAAUGCCCGAGAUCACGGCUCCCUUCUUCACCAACACCGCGUGCAGGAGCACCUGCUGCCCUACCUGCCCUCUGGAGAGUCGCUGCACCGGACCGCGGAGGAGUUCCAGAACAGGCUUAUCUCGCCUCAGUUCCAGCAGUCCCGGGGCCUGUUCCUCACAGCCUUAGCCUCGAGGCAGCUGGGCGCCUUCCCGUGACCGUUCUGCGUGCCUGUGCAAGCUGUGGAGGCCGCGAACAGGGGCAAUGUGGCCAAAGCGAUGCAGAACAAUGCCAAGUCGGAACAGAGAGGAGACGCGAACAACAAGCCGGAAGAGAAGGAACAGGUGAUUUUGGAUUAG